CAGACAUAGAUACCAAACUGCCUGUUCGCCAAGGCCUUCAGCAUUCUCUUAUACUCUCCUACCUCAGGCUGCUCAGCUCUCCAGAUGGCCUGGACCAGGGGCCAAAUCAUCGGCCGGGGCUCGUUUGCCACGGUCUCGGUUGCCACCGUUCAUGGGUCGGGCCAGGUUCUUGCCGUCAAGUCGACGGAGCUCACUCAAUCAGAAUUCCUCCAAAGGGAACAAAAAACUCUUUCUUCAUUAAACUGCCCUCAAAUUGUAGAAUACAAGGGAUGCGACAUUACACUCGAGAAUGGUAGGCUUCUGUACAAUGUUCUCAUGGAAUAUGCACCCCAGGGCAACCUUGCCGAUUCAAUUCGCAACCAAGGUGGUCGCCUAGACGAGGCCUCGAUCAAAGCUUGCACUCGCAGCAUUGUGUUGGGGCUUCAAUGCCUUCACUCGAAUGGUAUAGUGCAUUGUGACAUCAAGUGUCACAAUAUUUUGGUCACGCAUGAGGGGGUGAAGAUUGCUGAUUUGGGCUGUGCUAGGCGGCUUGAUGACGUGUCAGACAACGAUUUGGCAAUUGCCGGCACACCCGUCUUCAUGGCACCUGAGGUGGCUCGUGGAGAGAAACAGGGGUUCCCUGCAGAUGUGUGGGCUCUAGGAUGCACUAUGAUCGAGAUGGCUACCGGGCGGUCACCGUGGCCGGAGAUUUCAGAACCGGUAUCUGCCCUUUACCGAAUUGGGUACUCGGGUGAUGUCCCGGAGGUUCCUAGCUUGAUGUCAAGGCAAGCAAAGGAUUUCUUGGACAAGUGCUUAAAGAGAGACCCAGUUGAGAGGUGGUCAGCCAGUGAACUUCUAAGUCACGCUUUCCUUGAAGAGACCAUUUCUCUUUCAAAAGAAGUUAGCGUUUUUAACUCGGAUACUCCAAACAGUGUACUGGAUCAAGGCUUUUGGGACUCAAUUGGGGAGCUAGAUGCAACCAAUCCGACCCAUAAAAGUCCUUUAAGUUCUCCCAGGGAAAGAAUCCGGCAAUUGAGUGAAAUCAGCACGGCAUCGUCUCAAAGAAUGCCUGAUUGGGUGUGGGAUGAACAUUGGAUUACAGUAAGAAGCAAUAGUAGCAAACAGCCAGAGAUGUUCUACAGCAGCCAGGAAUAUGAUUUGUUUUACGCCAAUGAGCCCAGCACAACAACUAGUGGGAUAUGCCUGUUUUGGGUCAGUCAGGACAAGGAGCUGGUACAUUUCAACGAGCCCACGAGGACUGGUGGGAAAGAGUCAUGUAAUAUUAGUAAUACUAACAGUAGUUAUAGUACCAACAGCAGCAAUGUUAUAGGAAUGUGGAGAGGAGUAAGAAGAAGAAGGUCUCUUAUAUGGCCUAUGAAUGUGAGAAUGAUGCCUUUAAAUGUGAAAUGGUUAGUAUUAUGGGGAAAGAAUAAUAUGGACAUUUUUUCUGCAAGAAUACUUGGUUAUUUCUUUCUAAUUUCACAACGGUAA